AUGAGUAAAACACCCGAGGAUGUUAUCGGGGACGAGAGCCAGGUGAAAGAGGUGCCGGGCGAUCUGUUCGGUGCGCCCCAAGGAUCGUGCUUGAUCCAUGCGUGCAAUCCCCAGGGAGUCUGGGGUGCAGGAAUCGCCAAGGUCUUCAAGCAGAAGUAUCCAGCCGCGUACGAAUGCUACAAAGAGUCCUGCAAUGAGUAUCAAAAAGAAAAUGUUCACCACGACAUUGUGGACCUGCACAGUGAGGACGAGGACACCAUCUCCGUCCGUCUACCGCUCGGCACAGCUCUUGUGAUUCCUCCCCAGCCGGAGGACUUUGAGAAUGGUCGAAAAAAACAUUGGAUCGUCUGUCUCUUCAAUUCUAGUGGCUUCGGGAAGGAGGUUGACUCCCCCGAGGCGAUUCUCAACCACACAUUCGCCGCGCUACAGGAUCUGGACAUGCAGCUUGUGUCGCUGAGAGAUCAUAAUGAAAAUAGCGAUGACGAACAGUCUAUGCCUGGCCAGCUUUACUCGUGUCGGUUCAAUUCGGGUCUCUUUGCCGUGCCCUGGGAACAGACGAGGGAGGUUAUUGAGGAAGUGGGAUUAAGCAUGACCGUCGUUUACCCAGAGGGAGAGUAG